CCAUGCGCAGGUGCCAGUUGGUUUUUUUUAUCCACUGAGGAGCUAUCAUUCUGACUGAGAACUGAGAUUCAGAUGUGUGUAGUGGCUGUGGAUUGUUGAAGUUCUGUUCCUCCCCAGUUCAGCAGAUCACAGCAGGAAGGCUCUUGUUUUGUGUUUGUGUUUCUUGAGUGAGUCGCUGAAUAGCAGUGCCCAUGCCCUCUCUCUGUCCCUCCCUGCAGCCCCCCCUGGUGAAGACCCAGACUGUCACCAUCUCCGACGUCAACAACUCGGUCAAGAGCGAGAUCUCCACCAAGGAGGUGCCCAUCGUCCACACAGAAACCAAGACCAUCACCUACGAAUCGGCACAGGCAGAACCCAGGGGUGCAGAUAACGAUGUGGGAGUCCUCCUGAGUGCGCAGACCAUCACUUCUGAAACUGUGAGCACCACCACUACCACCCAGAUCACCAAGACGGUGAAGGGAGGGAUCUCGGAGACUCGGAUUGAGAAGAGGAUUGUCAUCACGGGGGAUGCAGACAUUGACCACGACCAGGCUCUCGCCCAGGCAAUUAAAGAGGCAAAGGAGCAGCACCCGGACAUGUCCGUCACCAAAGUGGUGGUGCACCAGGAGACGGAGGUCGCUGAGGAGUAGAGCCAGCCAGCCGGCCGGCCGGCCAGGCCUGAGGGGAGGGCAACAAAAGAACGCCAAGAACAUGUGCAAGUAGACUCCCCUUCCUUUAUCUGAAUCGGACCAGCAAGUCUUAACGACCCAGAACCGGAACCAAAGGGGCGGAGAGAGCGCUCCUGGCUUUCAAACCGCCUCCUCUUUUUUUAAACUCUUUGUGAUGUCUGAAGAGCUCCCUUUGUUUUACAAGGAUGUGGAGUCUAGAUUUGCGGACGGACUACGCAUCAGGAAUGGAGGGUGCGAGCUACGUUUCAUACAGGCAGUGUCGCUUCAAAACAUACUCAUCUCUAAAAACCCAGCAAUGACUCUCCUACAAACUUCUGUUAAAAUCUUCCUACCCCCCCAAACCAGUGAGGACUGUUUCUACUGAGCGUGCUCAGGAUGACAUCACAACAGGGGGAGGGGUUGGUUUUUAUUAUUGACUUAUAGCUGUAGUUGAUUGGUUUAGCUAAGCAGGAAGUUUGUAGUGUAGGGAUUUACCGCUAAUAGACCGCUCUGCAGAUCUGAAGGAAAAUCUUCAUUGUGGCACAUUGUCCCUUUUUAAAUAGGAAUAUCUAUCUGUAGCUUUUAGUGUUUGUUACACAUGUCCUUAAGAGAGCCACACAAUCCUGUGUUUUUGACUCUUCAUUUUCUGUUUAAAAAUCGACAGGCUGUAAUUAGAAUGUUUAGUGAGCUGCUUUGCUCCUAGCCAAUCACAGGAGACCAGAAGUGUUUUUUAAUUGAAAUCUUUAUACAGCUUUUUUAAUUACAUGAAAAAUAUGUCAACCAAACUCAUUUUUAUCUGAUUGUGAAGUUACUAGAUUUUUUUUUUUUUUUUUUAAGCAUCACUUUUAGUAGGUGUGAGGGAACAGGAUAGGAAUCAAUGCUUCUACUGCUGUUUCUUGUGUGUGCGUGUGCAGAAUUUUAGGAAAUAAAGCUUUUUAAUAUAUAGUCUUGAGUUUUCUAUAAGGUGUAAAGGAAUUGCAGAGCAUGGCGUUGCAAUGCUGCUGUAGCUUCAAGAUUUUUUAUACUGUGAAUUUCAGAACUGUCCUGCGUCUUGUCAGAUACCUGUUCUGUAAUAAAUGGAAAGUAUAUCACUCUAGACCGGAAGAGUAGACUCUUCUGGCUAUCAGUGCAGAGGGGAUCUGAGAAAAUAGGCAACAUAUCCCGGGCAGUAAAGGGUUACAGAACGAAAAUAUUUCUAAUUUGUAUUUUCUUAGUGAAAAUCUUAAGCAACUCAUGCAAAAAAAUAAAUAAAUAAAUCAUCAUCCCUAAGCUUUUACUUUCCAGUCUACAAGAAUAUACUCUUCCUUUUUAAAUGAAGACGCCUUUCUGUAGAUGGGAUCCAAACGUGUAUUUUGAAAUGUUUACUCUGUUUUAAGCAGUAUGCUUUCUGUAGUGUUCUCUACACAGUGUUUUUCUUUUACCGAGGCUUGUUGAACUGUUUGGAAUUGGAAUAGACUGGGAAUGGAGAACUUGGUACACGACUGUGAUCUGAAGAGUCUGCAUGUUCAGAAUGGAUUUGAAUGGCCCCAGCAAAUACAGUGCAGCACAAUUAAACCAGACACACUCAGUCGUGGAAUCUAUAUGAACUGAAGAUUCUGUGUGGAAUAUUCAGCUGUGGAGUUCUGGGCACUUGCAAACCAGCACAUUUGAAUACAAUACACAGCAGUACUGGGGAUCUGUGAGCAAGCAAAUGAUAAUAAAAAAGCUCACUACAGGCAUUCCUAAGAGCAAGCAUCUUUCAAUACAAACAACUUGCUUAUGUUGGUCUUUAGAGCCACUUAAAUUAAUUACAGCCAUCUCUCUACUCUUAUCGCCACUUGCACUUACCUACCAUAGAACAAUGUAAUCCAACUUAAACUAGCUUGCCAAUUACGAAUCACUCAUACAUUUCAUACAGGUGUGUCGUUCUCUCUCUCUCUCUCCCCCCCCCUACAGUGAAUGUAAUCUGAAAUACCUUCUAACAAAAAGCUUAAGUACAGCUUUUAUCCAAACUACAGACAAGAAAACCUGUAUGGAUACCUUUUAAAUACUAUGCAAGUAUUUAGCAAUUAUAGUAGCUAGCAAUUCUACUGCAAGCCAGCAGGUGGCACUGUUUGACCAGGUGUCUGUUCCUUCUGUAAUAUCACAAUUCAAAUGAAUUGAGGUUGAUUUAGAGCUGCUUGUGGUUUUAUUGUCUUAUUUUGUCUCUCUGUUCCAGUGGUGAUGUUGGCGCAACUUAGCGUGAAACAGUUCUAAAAACGUAAAGCUUUCAAGUAAGCCCAUUUUCUCCAAGAUGCGAUUAUUGAUUAGUGCUGGGGUUGGAUCGUUUAAAUGCCUUCUCGACAUUAAGUCUGUGCUCCAGCGAUCGUGAUGCACUGAGAUUUGAAGAACGAGAGCGGCAGUAACAGUCUGGGUCCUGAAUACUAGCUCACAUAGAGUCUGCCUCAGGAACAUUGCAACAGCGUGACUCAGUUAGAAAACGCUAUGCUCCUUCUUUUUAAGGAAUCUCAGCUCAUCGCAUCGCUGGAAAAUGUGAGUCACAACUCGAUUUGCAUGAGCUGAAAUCUGUGCAGCAGUUUGCUUUCCAAAGAAACAGUUUCUUGCUGUGGCGUAUAUAGGCCAGCGAUCGUCCUAAUUUAUUCCGUAGUUUUACCAGCAAUCUGAGAGUUGCAGUUAAGCAAUACACAAGCCUAGCGAUGCUUUGCUCUUUUGAAAUCGAUGCAGCUGCUUUUCAUUCAUCUGAAGUGCAGUUCAUAGCUGUUGCAAUUCUGGUUUUGAUGUACAGUGUAGCAAUGACCUUUAGAUUGUGGGGCACUCUGCAAUUAGGGGCUUUGCAAGAUGCAGCCGGUUUUUGAACCCAGUUUGAAAUGUUACAGGCUUUAACCAUUUCAACAGGUGACCAGGCAGCAUCUCUUUCUCUGCCUGUUUCUCAGUUUCUCUUCGGUGGGGUGGGUCAGUUACAAACCACGCCCGCAGCAUCGCAGCUAUCCAGGACUUGUCAGCCAAACUUAUUUUUUUAAAUGUGGGUAUGAGAACUGGAUUUCUUUAGUGACUUUUGAUCUUUUUAGUACAUGCAAUAAGAAACAAUUUUUAAUAGUUGUUUAUUAGGCACUAGACGUGUUGAGACUUUGCUACAUGUUUGUUUUGUUUUUUUUCCAAAACACUUUGAAGAUGCCUGAUAUGUUUUUGCUCCAGUAUUAAAAUGUAUCAUCCAA